UCUUUAGUUUAGAGCCGUCUCGUUUGAAAAUCCCAUGGAGUGAAAAUGUCAAGGCCAAUUCCAGAGCCCAAGGAAUGCUCCUUCAAGGAUUUGCAUGAUGGAACUGGCGGUUUCAGCCCUUCAAACAGGUUGGGCCGAGAUGCUGUUGGUUCUGUGUACAGGGGCCUUUUGAACGGCGCUGCAGCAGCGGUCAAGGCUGUGACGGAUGACGUGAAGAUCGAGGAGGAAGUUCGGCUCCUGAAACGCCUUCGCCAUCCAAACCUCGUAUGCCUCUUGGGUUGGUCAAUGUACCAGCGGAAGAAAUUCUUGGUCUACGAGCUGCUGUCUGGAGGUGACCUCCAUUACCAUUUGGAGCGUAGCCGAAGCGGAGAGGUGAGCUUCCCUGCCUCUCGCCGGAGAAUAGCAGCCUACGAUGCAUCAAAGGGUCUCUUCCAUAUGGCGAAUCUGGUGCCAGCGAUGUAUCACCGGGAUAUCAAGCCAUUGAACAUCGUGUUGGAUAAGAAGGGAACCGCCAAAAUGGUCGAUUUUGGAGUCCAGGAUGAGGCGCACCUAAAGGUGGACCGAAUCAGCGGAACACCGGGGUAUACCUGUCCUAUCUACUUGCAGACUGGCAAAGUUAACGAACAAUCAGAGGUGUUCUCGUUUGGAACCGUACUAUUGGAGCUACUGGUGAACGAAGCGCCAGCGCUCACUGAUGGAAGAGGGGCCAUGAUCUAUCCACUGCUGGAAAAGAUUCAGCCAGCAGCCUCUGGCGCUUUGCGCCGUGUCUUUGAACAUGCCGAGCUUUCAGCGGGGUGGAAAAUGCCAGAGCUGGAAGAUGUGGCAAAACUGGCCCUGCGCUGUGUGGACUUUACUCCUGCUCGCCGCCCGCUCUUCAAGGAAAUUGCUGAAGCCUUGCGGCCGAGCCAGCGACAGGAUUCUUUGCGACCUCCCAGGUAUGGUGCUGAACCUCAAGGGCCUGCGAAGAAUUUGACUGCUUUAGACCAAUUGAUCCUGUGUUGUGUUUGGACGCCGGUCCUUUCUGCUCCAACACACAACAUCACCAUCAAGGCAGAACCAAAGGAUUGGGAGGUCGCAGUUGGGCGAAAUCACCAGCCAGACUUCUUUGAAAAGGUCAUGGACCAGGAAUCACUUUCAAAGAUUUCUCGAACUCACUUCAAAAUCGGUGUUUCGCAGAAUCAGCUGAUGGUUUCAAAGCAUUCUUCGAAUCCGUUUCUGGUGAACGGAGCUCCUUUGGAGCAAGGUGCAACGGUGGUCAUUCGCGAGAAUGACAUGUUGACCCUAUCAGAUCCACCCAUUGCGGUACUGCGCGUGCAGUUGCGAUUCUUGGAGGCUCGUCCUGCAUUUCUGCCCUCUGCUAGACCCACAGGAGCUAUGGCAGUUCUGGAAUGUGUGAAAUCAAUUUGCACAGAUGUGAAGGGCUUGCCGAAAGAGGCCAAACGAAUCGCUGUGAACACGGGAGAAAUCGUGGAGGUUGGUCGAAGGCAUCAGGAGCUGGUCUUCGAUAAGCUCCUCAAGGCCAACUGGUUCUACAACAUCUCCCGAACGCACUUGAAGGUGUGCUUUCAUGCCACAGAACUUCUUCUGCAGGUUCAAAAUCUCAGCACCAAUCCGGUGAUGGUGAAUGGCAGGCAAUUGAAGCAGAGCCAAAGUGGAACGAUUUUACCGGGCGGCUGCAUUGCAUUUUUGGCGCGCAGCGAUGGGAAGGAGGAGACCACCUUCCUGGAAUUCAACUUGCAUAUGGAUGCCAAGCGAAAUUGGGCAUUUGAAACCGGACAACGAAACCCAUAAAUCGUGCAAAGAUGCGCAAAGAUGUGCAAAGAUGCAGAAA